AAAUAGAGAUGCAGAUGGUGUUGUACGUGAAGUUGGUGUAUUUUUGUGGAAUUUUAUUGUUAGCUUAAUUUCCACGGGACUUAUUGACUUAGAAAUAGUGUGGUACGGAGACUUUCAAGCCUCUUCCUCUCUACAAAAAGGACCAAGUUCAAAGUGUUUUUGCAACUUUAUAUUUGCAGAUUGUUUUCUUUUUUCUCUUCUUCAUGGAUAAGUUACAUUUCUCUGGUGAAAGGUCUUCCAUGAUUGCUGUAAUGCUACUCCUUGGGGUAUUAAUAGCUACACUGUAUGAAACAGAUGCCCAAAUAGGAGUUUGUUAUGGAAUGCUUGGUGAUGACUUGCCAUCUGGACAAGAAGUUGUAGCUCUUUACACCCAAAAUGGCAUCCAAAGAAUGAGACUCUAUGACCCAGACCAACAAGCUCUCCGAGCCCUUGGAGGCUCCAACAUUGAGCUCAUUCUAGGUAUUCCAAACCCCAAUCUCCAAACACUUGCUUCUAACCAAGCUGCAACAGAUACAUGGGUCCAAAACAAUGUCAAAAACUAUGGCAAUGUCAAAAUCAAGUACAUCGCAGUUGGCAAUGAAGUCGAUCCAUCUUCCAACACAGCUCAAUUUCUUCUUCCCGCGAUGCAAAAGGUGAACACUGCCAUUCUCUCGGCAAAGCUUGACUACAAAAUUAAAGUUUCCACUGCUGUAAACACUGGAUUGAUAGGAAACAGCUUUCCUCCAUCAGUAGGUUCUUUUAGGCCCGAAAUUCGAUCAUCCUUUAUCGACCCCAUCAUUGGUUUCUUGGUUAGCAACCGUUCGGCAUUGCUCGUUAACUUGUACCCUUAUUUUAGUUAUGCAGGCAACACGAAUAGCACUAGUCUUGAUUACGCUCUGUUCACAUCUCCUUCGGUUGUGAUGACUGAUGGCUUGCUCCAAUACCAAAAUCUAUUUGAUGCAAUGCUGGAUACUUUUUACUCCGUGAUUGAGAAGGCGGGCGGUGGCUCUUUGGAGAUCGUUGUGUCUGAAACCGGUUGGCCUUCGGCUGGUGGAACUGGUACAUCUGUUGACAAUGCAAGGAUCUACAAUAACAAUUUGAUUCAGCAUGUGAAAGGAGGGACACCGAAAAGGCCGGGAAGGGCUAUAGAGACUUACAUUUUGGCCAUGUUUGAUCAGAAUCAGAUGCCCGGAGACGAAGUUGAGAGACACUGGGGACUCUUUCUACCAAACAAACAGCCUAAAUACCCAAUCAGUCUGCCCUUACACUUGAUUUUAUCAUGUUAUUGACCAA